UUACAUGUUUGCUGAAUGUUUAAAAAACGACCCACAUGCCAUCUCUCACUCCUCUCCUCUCAGAUCACUAUCCAGAGGGAAAGCGGCCUGGAUGUCUCCACCCCAAAGCAUGGCAAGAUCGACCCCAACAACGCUCCUCACGUUGGGGGAAACCAGUGGGCAGGAGGCACAGGUGGCAGAGACACAGCGGGGCUAGGUGGGAAAGGAGGCCCCUAUCGUCUAGAUGCAGGGCACAAGGUCUACCAGGUUUCCCAGGCGGAGAAAGAUGCUGUUCCAGACGAGGUCCGCAGGGCAGCCCGUGAAAUGGGUGAAAAAGCCUUUAAAGAGAGGUUGAAGGAGAUCAAUAUGAGCGAGUACGAUGCCGCCACGUAUGAGCGCUUCUCCAAUGCUGUCAGGAGACAGGUUCAGUCUCUACGCAUCAUCCUGGACAGUUUGCAGGCUAAAGGAAAGGAGCGACAGUGGUUGAUGAACCAGGCUCUGGGAGAACUGGAUGACGCUAAAAUCAUUGAUUUCGACAUGACUGGAGAGAAGGUAUAUAUAACGAAGGGGACCUGGAACCAGAGCAAAGCCCCCCGAACACGAACACAUAUAUAG